AUGCAAGAAGAAACUCGAAGACCCUUUAUCUCACGUUCACAACCUGGUGAACUUAUAGCUCCAAACAGUCUGCCGACCUCUUUAUCAACAACCACCCCCGUAACAUUUCAAACCCCAACUUCAACUUUGACGGUUCCUGCCUCACAAACUACUGGUUCCGGGAUGGAAGAUAGCUUUGCAAAAAUGAGGAGAACCAGGAGGAGCCUUUCAACCUCUUCUUCGAGUCAAAGUUUACUGAAGAAGAGUUUGUCGGUAAAGCCAAAACCAUCGUCAAAUCAUUAUUCUACAAAUUUAUUUCCAACCAGCGAGAGUGAUACUAGCAAUAGAUCUUCCUUCGAAGAAUUCGACUAUUCAACUCCCGGGACCCCUUUUACCAAUAUAAACUCGGGUUCUACUUCCAGUAGUAGUUCCCUCAACUCGCCUUACCUUGCGAAUAUAUCACUGGGUGGUGUAAGCCAUCCUGCCCAUCCCCUUUAUCAAAGAGAGAGGCACCGUUCGUUAUUUGUACUGUCGGGUAAAUCUAGUAAUGGCAACGGUGUUCAACAGACCAUAACUUCUCCUUCACCAGUACAAUCUCAACAAGAGGAUACACAAUCAACGAUACGCCAGCAACAACUUAUACCCCCCUCACCUUCCACUUCACAAACAUUUCAAAAUACGGUAGCAUCUCAAUCUCAACAAAAGUUAUCCAAACAAAUUACACAGCGUCGUCAGAGUGGGACUAGUUCACAACUGAAACGAAUGAUUUAUAAUAAUUUCUCAUCGAACACUUUUCCUUCGGAUUCGGAGACCGACUCUUUGGAGGACUCGGAUGCUUAUGUGACAAAUGACGAACAACCCUCUCUCACUCCCUCACCUGUAAGGCGCAGACCCUCGUUUCAAAGAUCUCCAACUCAUCGAUUCUUUCCCGAUUUGUCGGUAGAUGCUGAGGAAAACCAUCUAAAUGGGUUGCAGAUAAUUGAGGAGGGUUCACCGGAUUUCACUUUUCCAAAAGUAAAACGGAAACUCUUAAAAGACCUCGAAAGGUCAAAGCUUUAUGCGGACAAGGAAAUUUUUAAUAUCUUGGAAAAUUGGUACCAAUCUCAUCAAUAUCAAGAACUUUUAAAUGAAUACUUGUAUGAUGGUUGGAGUGACGAUGAUGAUAUACAAGCCCCGGUUAAUAUUGAAAGAAAUAAUAGUCAUAGGGCCACCAUAAUAAGCGACACCGAUGAUGAAUCGACGGAGGGUAAAUGCAGAAAGGAACAGUUAAAGGCAUCUAAAAAAGUUAAUUCGACAACAUCUCCGUCAUUGCACGGAAAAACAAACCCAAAAAAUAUUGUCAUUCAGCAGAGGAAAAAUUCCGAGAGGAGAUUAGGGCAUUCAAAUAGUUGGCCACCAUCAAUAUUAGCAUCAUCGCACACGCUUCUUCUGACACGUAUCAACCGCAUCGCGCGACGAAUUCUAAAGACACCCGCCCUCGACUUACUACAUUUUAAUGUGGCCGUUGAAAUUAUGAAGGAGCUUCAAGAACUCAGGGAAUCACAGAGAAAGAUGGCCGUCGGAAAUGCAGACGCGGAAGAAUUGUUAACAAAAUUGACUUACGCCUUCGCGGAUGUGACGAGAGCUGUUGAGGCAGUGAAUCAAUCAUCUGCUGAAAACCUGGAAAGCUCCGAUCUUCCAAGUUCAGAGUCCCCGCUAUCAUCACCUUCACUUCCGAUGACUCCAUAUUCGGAUUCGCGAGAUCGGCGUAGGUCGGCAGCAUCAUCUGAUGACAACAGAUUUAUGAAAACGCGGUCUCCGCUUGCUUAUCCUCCGAUGAAUCGUCUCUCGUCUUUCAUUGAUUCUAUUGAGAAACUAUACGCUUUUGAGUUCGGGACCAUAUUUGAAAGUCCAAUAGUGUACGUACCUCCUCCUCCGUCAUGUCAGGACGAUAAUCAUCCUACUUGGAGUAGAAAGAAAGUUGAUCAGUUGCUUCGUGAGGAGAUGAACCGAGAAAUUGAUUAUGGCAUAAUCCUAAAAAAACAACAAGAAGACAAGAAACCAAAAAAAUCGAGGCCCAUGGCGAACUUCUUCAAAACCUUAAAAAAUGCAUUCCAUAGUCCUACAUCGUCGACUAGUGUUUCACCAACCGGAUCUCCGACUCCCUCGGAGAUGAUUCCCAGCCACGAGUUGGAUGCUCACUCGGUAACUUGUGCUAUUACCACAGAAUAUGCCAUCAAGUUGCAAGAGUGUGAUGGUAGACUUCGGAGAUUGGUCAGCGACGUGGAGGAUAUUAUGGUAACUGCAAUUGAAACUGGUGCAUUGCAAAUACCGCAGCAAGUCGGCAGGAAACAAUCGACUUCGAGCCGAAUAUUAUCAACUUCGGCGUCAAGUAAAGCUUCAUCCGGCUUCUUGUCCAAACAAAGUAACAAUAAUCAACGUGCUCACAACGGAAAAAAAGAGUUGUCGCUAUCACAUAAACGUCAAGACAGCGCGGGUUCAAUAUCAUACGGUAAGACGCUUUCCGAAAUUGACUCCGAUAAUAAUCCACCAGCUCGUGGUAAAAAGCUGAUAUCACUUUUCGCCGCUGUCUUACGCGGGGGAAACAGUCGUGCUAAUAAUAAUAAUUCAUCACCGAAGGAUCCCGGUAAUUCGUGUAGUGCUCAGAUUACCAACGGUGACAAAGUGGGUGCCAAAACGAAAAUUCCUAGCAUACAGGAUUUUGAGAUAAUCAAACCUAUUAGUCGAGGUGCUUUUGGUAAAGUUUAUCUCGCAAGAAAAAAGACUACUGGCGACCUUUAUGCCAUAAAAAUACUAAAAAAGGUUGAUAUGCUUUUCUACGCCUUUCAAAGUCAAGACUAUCUGUAUCUGGUCAUGGAAUAUCUGAUAGGGGGUGAUCUGUCAUCCCUGCUGCAAUGUUUCGAACGUUUUAGUGAAGAUAUGGCACGUAUGUAUACGGCAGAGGUGGUAUUGGCCCUCGAAUAUCUUCACAGCAGUGGAAUUACCCAUCGAGAUUUGAAACCCGACAAUAUGCUGAUCACCUCCGAGGGUCACAUAAAGCUCACUGAUUUCGGACUAUCGAGGAUCUCGAUUCCGGAGAAAAGUAGCUUGACGUUUGCAAAGGAUGAAAGCGAACCAAAUAAUCGCACUGACAAAAAACAACUCGUGAAAAGUCUAAGAUCCGGUAGCAUAGAUUCUCGUGGCAAUGUUACUCACCAACGUCCAGUAUCCGCUAUCUUUCCCAAUGAGAGCUCUAAGCGAGGUCACGUAAACUUCUACGGGUUUAAUUCAAAUAUGCUAUCAAGCACGUCCUCGUCUCAACAAAACACCUCUAAAGUUUUAAAGAAACAAAAUCGACAGAGUUCAAAAGCCCUGCUAGGAACGCCGGAUUACCUUGCACCUGAGUUGCUUCUUGGUACCGGUCACACGACGGCAGUUGAUUGGUGGUCUCUUGGUGUUUGUUUGUUUGAAUUUUUGCUGGGAUACCCACCUUUCAAUGAUGACACACCACGGGCGAUCUUUGGGAAUAUUUUAAACCAUGAUAUUCAAUGGCCUCCCGAAGGAUUUUUAUCACCUGAAGCCAAAGAUUUGAUCACAAAAUUACUCAAUCAUGAGUAUGAGAAGAGGCCGACCGUCGAGGAAAUCAAGGCUCAUCCUUUCUUCAAAGGAAUCGAUUGGGAUCACAUCCGUCAACAGGAGGCACCUUUUAUACCCAAUCCUGAGGAUGAACAAGAUACAAGUUAUUUCGAGGCUCGAAACAAUCGCGCCGACAUCCGUCGACUUUCUGCAGGUAACAUUGAUGACAUCGCGACUGGGAAGAUGAACGCAUCGGGUGAUUCUAAGUCAGGAGUAACCGAUGAAGAUGCGGGUGUUGCUUCGCAGACGACCAUCGGAAAUAUGCCUUCACCUUUAAUAUUAUCGGCGGUCAUCGCUGAACCGGUAGAAACCAUUUCCUUAAAUUCUCCUACUUCACCUUCUUCACCCCGUCAAAAACCCGACUUAACAGUUAACACUCAUCUUCCUGGACGUCAAUCAUCCCUUAAGCAUGUUUCUUCAUCAACACUAAAACCUCCUGUCGAAGAUGCACAAAUGCCAAUUAAGCCAAUCCAAAAGCGUAGGCCAUCCCUCCUAAAGUUAACAGCGGGAAAGUCCAGAAAACAAUCUAUAAGUGGCAUUUCUGAUG